UCAUCAGGCAAUUGAAUGCUGACCUUGAGCGGACGGCUUCGCUAAGGAUGUUUAAUUCAAUGAUCCAAAUUAGAUUCGACGCAGCCGUUGAAGCCGCAGUGUUUCGUCAGAUGCCACCAAGAAUCAUCAGACGACGACACUCGGUGCAAGGAUCACGUAAUCAACAUGAAAAUCCUGAUCCAAGUCCCAAUCAGUCUCCAGAACCAUCAACCUCACAGUAUCCAGGACCAUCAACCUCCCAACCGGCUCCGUGCCGUCGAAAUUGACGAGCAAAAAGCUUGGAUAUCACCCGACAAUACAUUGCACCCAAUACUCUGCGCGAUGAAAUAAAUCGCUUCUGGCAAGAAUCAGCCGACCGUAAUCGGAAUUGAAAUGAAGAACGAUCUGUCGUUCAAUACAGGUCAUCAUUCCACUCAGUUCAAGAUCGCAAAGUUGAGGUUUGUGAAGCAAAUCCCGAUCUGCAAUCUGAAGAUGUUUUACAAAUGGAGGAAAGGCUCGCCCAAAUGCGACAAAAUUUAGGUUUGGCCAACCCCAUUCAAAACGAACAAGAGAUUCUACCGGAAGCGGAGGACACAAUCGAAACGAUCGACACAAUCCAAACGAUCGAAAUGAUCGAAAUUGAUAAGGUUGAAACAGUCGAAACAGUUUAUCCGAUAGCAAUGGAUACUGACGAGAAUGACCCAAUUCCAAUGGAUAGCGACGAAAACGACCCAUUGUAUGCAGAUGAACCAGAAGCGAUGGAAGUACGGGCAGUAGCUAAUGUACAGAUGGUUGAGGCCAACGAUGUGCUGAACACUCAACGGUUGAACAUUCGACGAUUGAGCGCAUCGAUGCCACAGCCAAUGGCCACAAUUAAGGAAGAAAAUGAAACUGAUAGCGAUAAAGAAAACCGUCACCCAGACAAAGAAAAUUGAGUAUAAGAAUAGCUGAUCUCAUUUCAUGAUAUUUACCGACAUUAUACAUUUUGAAUAUUAUCGAAUAUUAUAUAAGACAUUUGUUUUUUCGUAAAUUUGUGUUAAGCACGAUCUGAAAAGACUGUAUUGAAACCCAAU